UUGGUGACGGUGACGUCACACAACGUUGUUGUGGCAAGGUAAUGUCAAUGUUACUUGAUGAAAAAAAUCUUGAAUAUAUAUAUUUGACACUCACAGAAAGAAAAACGUUGAAUGUUACCGUACCGUUUGGCGUACGAUGGAGGUGGAUAGCGACUUGGAAGCCAAUUUUGUGCAGCAGUUUAGCUGUUUAGGUACCACAGACAAGGAGGUCCUGAUAUCCGAGUUCCAAAGAGUUCUUGAUAAUCAGCUGAAUCCGCAAGGAUGUGCUUUUUUUCUGGAUAUGAACAAUUGGAAUCUACAGGCAGCAAUCUGUUCGUACUAUGACUAUGACCAGCCGAAAGAUAAGCUUCCCAGUAUGUCUUUAGUACGCGACAUCACAAUAGGAGAAGGAGAGUCUGUGCCACCAAAUAUUAAAUUUGUAAAAACGUGGAGGAUUCAGAAUACAGGGGAUGAACAGUGGCCACCUCUAUGUGCCCUAAAGUUUAUUAGUGGAGAUCAGCUGGGCAAUGUGGAGAGGGCUGUAGUAGAGCCAUUGAGGCCUGGAGAGAUGACUGAUGUUAGUAUAGAGAUGUUUAGUCCUUCAGCCGUGGGGACAUAUCAAGGGAAAUGGAGGAUGACUACACCAACUGGAAUGUAUUUUGGAGAUGUUAUAUGGGUUAUACUAGCAGUAGAUGAAGGUGGUUUACUUGGUGUAACACAACAAUUAUCACAGUUUGAAGGCGUUGGCUGUGCUAGUCCACAUAAACUUGAAAAUGUUCAAAAUCCUUUUGCUUCUCCUAAUAAACUUUCUGAUGGUGCUGAAUCCUCAUUUGAUUCCACAGCGGUAUGUUGUGGGGACCAUGAGAGGUUUUGUAGAGCACACAUGAGUUCAAAUUGUCCUGAAAGGAGGGUCCUCUUUCAGACUGAAACAGGUGCAACUGUGCCAUUAUCAGGAAUAGAAAUGAAUCAUAGACUUGAAACCAGUAGUGAAGAUGCAGACAUGUCAUAACAGUCGUUAUUCUUUUCAUCAAAAUCAUUACCAUGAAUGAAUGUGAACAGCAGAAGAGAAAAAGAUUGAGCAUGUGGAUUUCAUUUUCUGGACUCAUUGCAUUGCAGAUAUUGGAAUGUGGAGUCAAGUGUGAACUUCUAGAUUUUUUAAAAUCAUGUAGGUUAGAAUUUCUGUAAAUCUUCCAGGUUGAGGGGCAGUAAAUUUAUUAAAAUUUUCCUUUCAAAAUGCAUUUCUCUUUGUAAAAUAUGAAGUUAAGUAACUGCUUUAUUUGUAUGGCUCCCAGUAUAUUAUUUAGAACUGGAAAAAUUAGGAUGUACACAAACUUUAAAAUAUUUUAUUCAUUUAUAUUAGAAACUUAAUAUAAUCUGGACUUUUCACUUUGGAAAAAACUAAGAGCACAAAGUCUUUAUGAAAUAAUGGGAAAAUUUUUUAUUAUUUUAAACAUAGAAUUGGUCAAAAGAUACUACAAACUAGCAUUGGUAAAAUCAUGUUACUGUGCAAUCUUUCUGUAUUUAAAACUGAAACAUAUUUUGGUGGAUUAUAUUAGAACUACACAAACACCUUAACCUAAACCAGAUCUAAUAAAAACCUUUAUGUGGUAAUUA